AUGACUCCUCCCCCAUCGUCGCAGAUCCCUGGAGCCCCUCUUCGGCAAUCAAGGUCUCGAUCUAGUUCAUACCUUGCAUCUCCACCUGAUAUUGAGAAGACGCUGUGUGUCGCUUAUGGAGCUUCUGAGAACCUCCCCACCGCCGAAGAAAUCGAUACCGCUGACGAAUCCAAACUCCGUGCGAUCGCCAAGGAGCUGCUGGGCGUAGCUCAAGAGGCUCGUAUGUCAGCGCUGCACUUCAAGUUACAGAAUAGUCUACUAUCAUUCACAAGCAACGAGGCCAUCAAGCGCGCCGAGGUUGAACAUAAAUUGGCUAGAAGGGAAGUCGAGAUUCUCCAGAGCUCUGAAUAUCGCCGUCGUCAUUCGGAAACUAAACCGCCACAACAAAUUGCCAAUGUUGAAUUAGAACUUGCUCUCAAACGUAAUCAAGAUCUGGAGAGGGUCAAUGCUACUCUUGACCGGCGGCUUCGCCGAGCGAAGAAGCUUAUCGACCAAGAGAAAGUGAAGUCUGAUCGACUUGGGGAAGAAAAUUCUUUGUUGAAAGACCGUAUCAGAGAUAACCGAAAGCACCUUUCCUUGAUGAUCGAGCAUGGUUCAUUGUCUCCAAGUCCACAAAACGAGAUCCAGACUCCUCAUAGAAAGUCUGUUCCUCACUUUGCCGAUAAUAGCCACCAUAUGACCAGGGAUGAAAACCAUAAUCCUUUUGCUGCUCUUCUGGCGGCGGAUCGUGUUCUCAACAGAGAAUCUCCAAGUGCAAUCUCCACAUCAAAUCAGAAUGGCGCACAGCAACAGUUUGGCAGCCACCAUGUGCGUGGUGCACAUUCACUAUCUUCUCUUCCUAUGACGCCGUCUCGCUCUCGGGUAGCUCAGCAGGAGAGUCAGUACUUCACUCCGAACAAAGAUUCUCAGCACCAGCAUCGGGAUAGGGACAGCACCAUAUCAGCAUCCGACACCGAGGGAGCCGAAACAGAGGACGACGCUCCUUCUCGCACUGGUUCAGUGGCAACAAACAUGUUUCGCCAUGGUCACUCAGACCAUCAGAAUGCUACAAGAGUGGCAAACGCCCCUAAAUCGAGUACUUUGCUUCAAACAACGCUGUUCGGUCAAGUUAGAAAAGCAGGGGUCGUGCAGCCCUCCGGCAGUCUCAAACGCAAGGCGAGUUUUGACAGUGCGGCCUCGAAGAAAUUGAAAGCGGAGGAACGAGUGGGUCUCGGUAUUGACACAUGGAACAAUAACAGCCGGCCAUAA